GAUUCAGAGAUAGAAAUUGAUCUGGAUACGGCAUCUUGGAUAGCAUCAAUCGUUGGUGUUUCGAGUUUGCCAUCACUUCUGAUGUCCGCCGUUCUAAUGGAGGUGUAUGGCAGAAAAUUCGUGCAUGCCGUCGUCGCCGUGCCAGGGAUCAUGGGUUGGAUCUGCAUUUAUUACGCAGACAGUGCCUCAAUGAUAAUGAUCGGAAGAGCGCUCACUGGACUCGCUUCAAACGCUUCUUUAGGGGCCAUCAUCGUCGGAGAAUACAGCAGUCCGGAAAACCGAGGACUAUUCCUAAACCUGAAGACCACUUUGGUCACGAUAGGGUACAUGAUGGUUCACACCCUUGGACAUUUCUACCACUGGAGAACGGUGGCUCUGAUAGCGACUCUACCCCACACUGCCUCUUUGCUGAUCACGUGCACGUGGCCCGAGAGCCCGGCUUGGCUCGCAUCGAAGGCGGAAUACGACAAAAGCCAAAAGUCCUUCUACUGGCUAAGAGGAAAAAACGUGAAAACCAUUAACGAAAUAGAAGAUGUGGUUAAAGCUCAGAAGGAAAAGAUUAGAAUAUCCAGUGAAAUGAAAGCUCUAACUUUGUCGGAAAAAGUGAUAGAAUUCUUUAAGAAAUUCGGGGAAAAGGAUUUCGUUAAGCCGGUCAUAAUAGUCGUUUUCGGCGGCAUACUGCUCGAAGCUUGUGGACGCCAUAUUUUUUCGGCUUUCGCUGUGCAAAUCGUCGAAGAAGUCACCCAGAAUAAGGCGCAAUCAUAUUAUUUCACUCUUGGAAUCGAUGUAGUGAUAACAACAAGCGCAGUGAUUUCUUCCAUUCUUGUGAAAUUUUGCAAAAGGCGCACGCUCUUAUUCAGUACCGGCUUCUCCGCUCUCUUCAUUUUGUACAUUCUAUGUGGUUACUUGUAUUUAGAGAGUAUCGACGUGUUUUCCAAAGAGAGAACGUACAUACCAAUAAUAAUGUUCAUAUUAUAUUUUGUUUUAUCUAGUUUAGGAUGUAUUUCGAUACCGCUCCUAUUGCUUGGGGAAAUUUUUCCUCUAGCUCACAGAGGAGCGGGUUCCUUCAUAUCCAGUUUUGCAUUUGACAUAUUUCUAACAGUAGCUCUUAAAAUAGCGCCAUUUUUGCUCGCAACUGUGAAAGUUUAUGGAACUUUUUCCAUCCUCGGUAUCGCUAUGGGCGUUAGUCUCACUGGGUUGUACUUUACUUUGCCAGAGACGAAAGACAGGACGUUACAGGAGAUAGAAAACUAUUUGAACUAUGGAAAAUACCAUGUGGAAUAUGAUCUCGAAGCGAAGCAGACGGAGCAUUGUCGACUUUACUCAGAAGGAAAGAAUGUCGAAUGCUCCGACCAAAACUUCAACAUAUUUCAGGAGGAUGCAUUGUUUGGGGAGAUAUUUCCGUUAGCACAUAGAGGAUCCGGUGGUUUCGUCGAUGGGUCCUUGGUCUUGGUAAUUUUAACUAUCACGAUGCAAGUGACACCGUAUCUGCUCGUGAACGCCAAAGUUUACGGAACUUUUGCUAUUUUGGGUACGGUUAUGCUGUUAAGUUUGAUAGCUCUAUGGAUUUUACUUCCAGAGACUAAAGACAAAACGCUGAAAGAAAUAGAGAACUACUUAAACUACGGGAAAUAUGGCAGAGAUGACGAUGAAGCUAGACUAAAGAUUCCUAAAGUAACCGCGACCCCGUGUUAG